GCAGGUGCUCAUAAAAAAAUCUAACGCAUAAAAUAAACGUGCGCACGCCUCACUUAGUUUGCUUUGUUGACGCACAAGACAAAGGACCAUGGGCAAACAUCACGCUGGACGUCUUGUCCUCAUUCUGCUGUCUGUCCUCUUCUACGUCCUCAGUCUGGUCUUCAACAGCCUGGCUGUUGUGGCCUUAAGUCCUUUCCGCACCACCACAUCCAACGUGUCCGCAAUCUUUGAGACGGAGAUCACGCCUUCGGGAUGGACCUUCAGCAUCUGGAGCGUGAUCUACGUGUGGUUGACCCUCAUGCUCAUCUACAUCCUGGCUAACCUUUGCAGAAGGAACGCCUACGGUUACGUUUACUGCAGCCCUCCGGUCUUGCCUUACGGCUUCUUCCUUUGCUGGUGUCUCAACCUGGUCUUCAACAUUUCCUGGCUGCUGGUUUGGGAUCGAGGGCUGAUGAUCGCAGCCCUGGUUUUUCUCAUCCUGGUGGCCGGCACCAACUACGCCACCACCGCCUUCGCCUGCCACGGCCUCCACGUUUAUGGACCCUGGCUGAAGAAGUACCACAGAGUAGACCUGUGGCUCAUUCGCAUCCUGGUUCAGAACGGCGUGAUGAUCUACACCACCUGGACCACCAUCGCCACGCUGAUCAACCUGGCCAUUGUGCUGACGUACGAAGCCAAGAUGGCGCCUGCUGACGCCGCCACCGUCUCGUACUGCGUCCUGACCCUCGUGCUGCUCGUGUGGUUCUUCGUGGAGAACGUGGUCCUGGACAAACACGUGCGCUACAUCCUCAUCAACUACCCGGUGGUGAUCUGGGCGCUGGCAGGGAACUUUGACAAGAACUACGACGCGGCGGCACCAAGCCGCAGCGGCAUCUUCAUCGUCGUGCUGUUGGCGGCGGCGUCCUUGAUGUUUUCCGUACGCCUGGUUCUGGUGUUUUGGCGUCACUGCAAACAGCCGCUUUACGACAACAUCAGCCCCGAGGCCAUGGAGCCCAUGGAGGCUGCUCAGCACCAAAGGAAGGCACUUCGAUAACUUCUGAUAGAAGUAUCCUGACUCUUAAUCAUUAACGGGAUAUGAUUACCUUACAUGAUCCUUUAUUGCUCCUGGAUGAUCUCUGAACCUUUAUGCAAGUCUUACAUACUGAUCAUAAACCUGCAGCGACAACACUCCAUGCCUACUCAAUCACACUCCGAUUUUCAUGUCAAUGUAUUUAUUUGGAAAUAAACUAUGUCCAAGAUACUGUUCUACAUGUUUAUGUUAGAGUAAUUGUAUCGAAGUUAUCACAAAACUUUGUGUCGGCAUGAGUUCCCGGCGAGAGGACAAAAGCUGUCUUUAAUCGUACCAAGAAGAAGGCUUGUAAAGCCCCAAGCAACUUGAAGGGUGUUCUGUUUCUUUCUUCUAUUGUAAUCCACAGAAAGAUAUUUUGUCUUGACCCAAGAACUACAAAACGGAGAGGAAGCAGGGCCUGACUUACCUUAAGGGGACCUGUGCUUUGAACUUUUUUACAACCUUUUUUUUAAACUGUUUUAAUCAAAGGCGAUGGAUGUUUACGACCCUCGUCCCUUAAAAAAAGCUGUUGCCAUGUAAUCAUGUCAACCAUGAAUUUAUCAACGUGGACCCCGACUUAGACAAGUAGAAAACCUUAUUCGGGUGUCACCAUUUAGUGGUCAAUUUUACAGAUUGUGUACUGUACUGUGCAAUCUACUAAUAAAAGUCUCGAUCAAUCAAUCAAUCAGGGAAGGUCUAAAUA